AUGGCCCACCUCACGAUACAGCGAGGCUUUAAUGUCAACCUGGCUCGCGGGGUAGUAUCAUCUCGUUUAGCGAAGGCGCACAUGAAUAUGAGGUGCCGUGAUACUAUAAGGCUGCGUCUACGGCCGGUUAUUCGUCAAAGCUUUACGCUCCACGCAAGUGAACGUCGCGUACACACAUUUACCGAGGCCACAAGCACGGUCACUCAACAAGGUCCGCCAGCUUAUCAAGCGCCAAAAACUGGCAUUCUCUCAAUUCUACCUGCGAAAUGGGUUCCCUACGGGGAGCUCAUUCGAAUUGAUAAACCAACCGGAACCUAUUAUCUUUUUUUCCCUUGCCUCUUUUCGACUCUUUUGGCCGCGCCUAUGGCGGAACCCGUGACAUCGAUUGCAUCUGUCGUCGGAACAUCUCUGCUUUUCUUUUCGGGAGCUCUGAUAAUGCGCGGUGCUGGAUGUACAAUCAACGAUCUUUGGGAUCGAAAUCUCGACCCCCAUGUCGCACGAACGAGAUUACGGCCAAUUGCACGCAACGCAGUAACGCCUUUCAAUGGCUUGGCAUUCACCGGCUUUCAGCUGCUGGCCGGGCUUGGAGUAUUGGUACAAUUUCCAACCUCCUGCCUUUACUACGGCAUUCCUAGCCUGUUAUUUGUGGCCAUAUAUCCAUUAGCAAAGAGAGUUACCUACUACCCCCAGUUCGUGCUGGGGCUGACGUUCUCCUGGGGAGCCAUGAUGGGAUUUCCAGCGCUUGGGGUCGACUUGUUGACCAACAGCACUGCCUUGACUGCCGCUGCUUGCCUGUACACGUCCAAUAUUGCCUGGACCGUUUUGUACGACAUGAUCUAUGCGCAUAUGGACAUCAAGGAUGACGCCAAAGCUGGAAUUAAGAGUAUUGCGCUGAAACACGAUGCCGACACGAAAAAAGUUUUGACGGGGCUUGCAGCUGUCCAAAUUGGGCUUCUCGCUGCGGCAGGAACCGCCGCAGGAGCUGGCCCUGCAUUUUUUAUUGGUAGUUGUGGCGGAGCUGCAGUUGCCCUGGGCAUCAUGAUCAAGCGUGUCGAUCUGAAGAGUGUCAAGGAUUGCUGGUGGUGGUUCGUUAAUGGCUGUUGGAUCACUGGUGGCGUCAUUAGCAUGGGUUUAGCUGCAGACUACCUUAUUCGUCUGAGGGAGUCGGAACGAGAAGCAGCCAAGCCAAUGCAAGCAUCGAGAGAACUGAAGAAAUGUACAAUAGUAUAG